AUGGCCGCGCCCGCCGCCGCGGCGCCGCGAAAGUCGGACCCGCGAACGGAGCUCGGGCUCGGACCGAUGCCGCCCGGCCAUCCGUGCCCGCCGCAGCCCAUCGGCGCGCUGUCGGAUCGACGGAACGUCGCGACGAUGGCCAUGGGCUGAUUCUGGGGGCCCGAGAGCGUCUUCGCGUCGACGGAGGGCAUUCUCGAGCACCGCGUGGGCUACUGCGGCGGGAAGGAGGCGUACCCGACCUACGAAGCCAUCAAGGACCACACGGAGGCCGUGCAGGUCGAAUUCGAUCCGGAGAAGAUCAAGUACGAAGACGUGAUCCGGCGCGUGCUCGACGAGGCGCCGCGGGAGCCCGCGUAUUCGACGCAGUACCGGUCCGCGAUCUUCUACCACGACGACGAGCAGAAGCGGAUCCUCGAGCGCAAGGUCGCGGACAUGGGCGCCGCGGCGCAGUACGUCGCCGUCGAGCCCUACCACGUCAUGUACCGGGCCGAGGAGUAUCACCAGCAGUACCUGUCCAAGUACGGCGGCGGCUACACCGGCGGCUACGGCCUGAUG